UGUCAUUCUCCCCGGCGCGGCGGGCCAGUGCGGACUGCGGGUUCCCGCCCGGCGCGCGGGUGCUGGGACUGCUCCUCCGGGGCGGACUGGUGGCUCUGCAGCGCUCCGGAGCUUCUCGUGCGGGGACUCCGUGGUGUCGCAUUCCCUCAGAGCCGGGAGACACGCACCCGCAGCUCCGAGCACAGCUCUCUCGGGGGCUGGCGGCCACGACGGCGUCUGCUCGGGUUCCCCCACGGUGCAGUCCGAGUUUCUGCGGCCGCCCCGGGGCACCCGGAGACUGCACCUCCCCCGGGCACGGCGCAACCGAGGCGACGAGGAUCAGGCGGGUCCUGCGCCCGCUACCACUGCCCACCUCGGGCCAGCCGGGCUGGCUGCGUGCGGCGGAGUUGCAGCGCUUUUUUAGCGCACCGAAGCCCCAGAAGACCUCUGCCUCCUGCGAACCAGAUAACACUGAGUCCUUCUCUGAUUUCAACGGUGGAACACAACUUCAGAGCUGGGAAUUGGCUGCAGAGCAUUGGCGGACCCCCGAGCCUCAGUUUACCCAUUUGUAUGAGGAAGAAGCCCUCUACUAGACCCAUGUGAUCUCCUACGAAGAACUGACCCCACCUGCUGGUCACCCAGCUCCCCACCAUGGGACCUGCAGGAAGUGCACUGAGCAGUGGGCAGAUGCAGAUGCAGAUGGUCCUGUGGGGAAGUCUGGCUGCUGUGGCCAUGUUCUUCCUCAUCACCUUCCUCAUCCUUCUGUGCUCCAGUUGUGACAGAGAGAAGAAGCCACGGCAGCAUAGUGGGGACCAUGAGAACCUGAUGAAUGUGCCUUCCGACAAGGAGAUGUUCAGCCAUUCGGCAACCAGCCUGACUACAGAUGCACUGGCUAGCAGCGAACAGAACGGAGUGCUCACCAACGGUGACAUUCUUUCAGAGGACAGCACAAUGACCUGCAUGCAGCAUUAUGAGGAAGUCCAGACCUCGGCUUCAGAUCUGCUGGACUCCCAGGACAGCACGGGAAAGGCCAAGUGCCACCAGAGCCGCGAGCUGCCCAGGAUCCCACCCGAGAACGCUGUGGACGAGAUGCUCACAGCCAGGGGAGCUGCCGACGCCGAACUGGGGCCUGGAGUGGAGGGGCCCUACGAGGUGCUCAAGGAUAGCUCCUCCCAGGAGAACAUGGUGGAGGACUGCCUGUAUGAGACAGUGAAGGAAAUCAAGGAGGCGGCAGACAAAGGCCAGGGUGGCAAGUCCAAGUCCACUUCCGCCUUGAAGGAGCUUCAGGGGACCCGCUCAGAGGGCAAGGCCGACUUUGCCGAGUACGCCUCCGUGGACAGAAACAAGAAGUGCCGCCACAGCAGCGCGAACGCAGAGAGCAUGCUGGGAACUUCCGGCGACCUGGACGGGGACGAGGAUACCCCACCUCCCGUCCCAGUUAAGCUUCUCGAUGAGAAUGCCAACCUUCCACAGAAGGGAGAAGGAGAGGCCGAAGGGCAAGCUCCAGAAGGACCCAGCGCACACAGCAAGAGAUUCAGUUCCUUGUCAUACAAGUCUCGGGAAGAAGACCCGACUCUCACAGAAGAGGAGAUCUCAGCAAUGUAUUCCUCGGUGAAUAAGCCCGGACUGUCGGCGCACAAACCCGGACGGUCUAUGAAAGGGCCAGAUUCUACCUGCCGCUCCAAGCAGGGCCUCCCUCAGAGGUCGUCAUCUUCCUGUAAUGACCUCUAUGCCACUGUGAAGGACUUCGAGAAAACCCCCAGCGGCAGCGGCAGCGGCAGCAUACUGCCCCCGGUGAGGAGACCCGGUGAGGAACCAGAGCCUGACUAUGAAGCCAUACAGACUUUGAACAGAGAGGAUGAGAAGGUCCCUCUGGAGAUCAAUGGCCACCUUGUCCCCAAGGAGAACGACUAUGAGAGCAUUGGGGACUUGCAACAGGGCAGAGACGUCACCAGGCUCUAGCAACUGAAAGAGGCUGUGAUCCAUCGAAGGCUCCGCUGUGGACAGGAGGUGUCGUCAGCCUCACACUGCUUCUCGGUGAACCGAAAUCUUCAAAGUGCAGGCUCACGACUGUUUUCCCAGUUUCCGAAACAGUAUGGUACGGACCUGCCUGCCAGGACAGCCACCCUCCAGUGCUCCCAAGAAACCCCUGGUACCCACUGACCUCCACAUUCCACAGAGGAAGGCCAGCUUGCUGCGGGCGGUAGCCAGGAAGCCCCACCCACCAAUGCUGAAAUCCCACCUGCCUGGAAUCCCGCCUGCUGAGGAAGAGCCAGGUUUUCUUCCUCGCUCUCUUUUUCCCUCUGCUCCUUGUGCUAAAACACUGGCACUUCACCCCCGAGACCUCCCACGAGCUCUCCAUCCCAACUUUAGCAGGAGAGAAACUUGUUCCCAUUCACCCACCCUCUUCCCAGAGCUGCCUCUUAACCUCUGGGAAUCUGGCUGUGCAGGCCUUGAGCUAUGGGGUGGGGAGUUCCUGGACUCUCUGGGGUCUUUGCUUCUCAUUUGGACACUGCAUCUGCAGUCUUCACAAGGUACAACAUGAGGUCACUUUAGAUGCUCUUUAAUGUUUUAUGUUUCAAAGCCUUCCCCAACAGUGUUUGAAUUUUCAUAACUACCGUGGUACUUCUGUAUUGGUUCGAACCCAGCGCUCUUCCUUCCAAACAGAGCCUUAAUGUUUCUGUGAGGAUGGCAACCAUGGUGUCUAACCCCCAAAGGGCUGCGGACAUCACUUUGUGUUUCCAGUGAUCUUUCCUGUAAUCUGAUGGUUAUUAUCUGAGUAAAAUGUAAACAUUUAUUUUAUUAUAUAAAUUUAUAAGAUGUUUUACGUUUAAUGCCUAAUUUCUAGAAAGUGCCCAGAAGAUAUAUAUUAACUAUCUGGAUUUUAUGUACAAUGAUUUAUACUCUCAUUUUUUUAAAAAAGAUACCAUAAAGCACAUAAGCUAGAUAAUUAUGAGCAGUUUUUAUUCUUUUCUCUAGUAAGUAUAAUAUAACAUUGAAGAUGUGUUAAGGCUCAACUUCUCAGAUGGUACUGGGAGUUCUAGAUCCAAAACACUGAGGCCACUGGUGGCAAAGUGCAAUGGCACUGCCGAGGCUCAGUGUCGUAAAUAGAACAAAAUCUGACUUGGGAAUUCUGAAAGUAUCAGACUCUCACUGAUGUCUCUCAAAACCUCUAAGAACACAAGUGGGGUGUCUACUGUCCACAUCUGCCGACGCAAGUUGCUGGUGUUUUUGUUGCUUCACAAAAAUCAGUGGCUGGAGCAGCUCAGAUUGAAAGUUCAGUCAUCUCUCUAGAUCUUCCAAGGCCAGCAUUGGAAACCGUGUUCACUUUUCAUUUUAAAAGGAGCCUAGCUGAAGUGCAGGGUACAGAGAGAGAGGGACCAUUACUUCCUGCUGCCCUGUGGUAUCUUAUUCCAAUGACUUAAUAAUCAUGCUAUUUUCCUUCCCUGUGUCGAAGAGCGUGCCUGGGAAGGUGAAGGGACCAGCUCUGUGGCCUGUCUUUCCAUCCUUGUACUCACCAACUGGUUGUAGAUCACGCCUGUGGAGCUGUAAACUCUCUUAGGUGAUGUUGACAUUAGCGUAAUCAUCCAUGAAGAUACCACAUGGCUAAGCAGAACCUCUCCUGGCCCCGACACAUCAGUGGGAUGGAUACCCCGGGUACCUGGGAGCAGUAAAGGGCGAGGCUGUUUGCAACCACUGAUUUUCACUGCCGUGUAUUAAUGAGGUUGGCCCAACCAUCUCUCAGGCCACGAGAGUCCCUUCAUCACAUGACACUGCCCAUGCCACAGGGCACUCCUGGCCAUGUGCUUCCCACCAUGCAAUUCCUUACAGUCACCAUAUAGCUCAGGAGUUUGAUUAUGUUUUAUAAAAAGUCUUAGCAGGGAAGCUGGUAUAUAAAACUCUUUUUUUUCUAUGAGUGCACACUUUAUUAUUCAUGUACCAGCCAGAGACACAAAACCCAACAGCCCCCCACCCCCACUCCCCACCCCACCCCCCACCUCAAGAAGGGAGUUGAAAAUCGUUAACAAAAAGAGCCUUGUGCCAGGGAGUCAGAAAUCUUGUGACAUGCCAUCUCUGCUCUGGAACCCAGAAGAGAGUGUGAGACUCUUCAAGGCUUCCAAAGCUUCAGAGAGCCCAGGGUCAUUUUGAGAGGACUCCUUGGGAUUCUGCCCGGUGGUCUCUCUUGAUGUAUAGUCGCAACAGCACAUUUUCCGGUUCUUGCGGGCCUUAGACAACCGCUUGGGCUUCGUCUCAUUCCUCCUCUUGAAGAAACAGUACCUGAUGUUCUUUUUGGCAGUUUGAGUUUGUCAGCCAGGGCCUCCGGAGCCUCCUCCUUAGUCUUUCUCAAAGUGCUUUUUUAGUUCCUGGAACUGUUCAUAGGUGAACCCAGAGUAUUCCCCCCCCACAGUAGGACAGACCCGGCGUUGUCUCCAUCUCAGUUACCUCUGUCUUGGCUGCAGCUCACCUGAGUUCUGUUCUUCAGGUUUGCAUAAAGCUCUUUCUUCAGAGAUAAGUUCAUUAUAAAUAAUCAUGUCAUCUUGAAAUCCUGUUGUCCGAAUGUCCCAGAGUUCCCGAACAUGGUCUGUAACAUAGUCGUGACUUUCAUCUCCUAGUGGUUUGAGUAAGUGUGACAGACGAUCUCUCGGGGGUUCUAUACAAAGAACCUGGAGGCCCUCUCUCCAAUAUAAAUCCCCAAAAUAAGCACUAGCUAGGACUGGAAGAGGGAUGAGGGACACCGCUUUGCUCAGCUGAGCUUCGGGUACGUAGGUACUGUGUAUAUCCUGGCGUGCUGUCGUCUUUGGCUUGAUUCUCCAGGCUUUUGUUUUGCUGUGAGCUUUACUUGCUUGGCUAAGAUCCGUGUUCCUGACUUUGAGCUGGAUGGAGCCUGUAGUUUGGUUUAAAGUCUAAAUGUUACAGAGUUUAAAUGUGUGAAAGAUCAUCAUCAAAAGGAAGCUGGACUGUACACAUUAACAUCGCCCUUGUGUCUGCAGCGUGCAUCCAAAUAGACACCACUUACGUGAACUUCGCAAAGACAAACAUAAAUUAUAGGGUUUUUUCUUUAAAUCGGAAUUAUAAUUCCAUUUAGAUUAGAAGUAGUUACUUCUUUUUGUUUAAAUACUUUUAAAAGCUUGAAAGCACUUCGUGCUGCUUCACAUACUUCCCAAAUGGAAACCGUGAAAAAAAAAACCAUGGACUAUCUUAGGUGAAACGUUCCUGAAAUUCUAAAAGAAAGUCAUUUUUUAUAAAUGUGUUGGCUGUAUCUUUUUGACUUGUCCUUAUCUAUGCCACAUCACUAAGUCUGCAAAACUUCUAAAUAAUACCAGUAUUCUCUGUGAGAAAAAGGUUACUGAUUGAAUUCUCUCACAGCAAAUUCUAAGUGAAUGUAAACGAGCAGGGAGCAGGAGGCACCCAGCGGGGAGAGCUAAUGCUCCCCCAGCAUGCCAGGGGCCUCCCUUCUUUGAUCUGCACCUGUAGAGCUAGAGUAUACCAGUGCCUUUACCAGUGACAAGCUGUAUACACAUACACAUACACAUACACAUACACAUUCACAUUCACAUUCACAUACACACGUGUUUAUGGAUGUAUACACAUGUGUGUAUGGAUGUAUACACGUGUGUAUGGAUGUGCAUUUGUGUGUGUGUGUGUGUGUGUGUGUGUGUGUGUGUAUGUGUGUGUGUGUGUGUGUGAAGUGUUGCUGGCUCUGGCACAGCCCUGGCACUAACUAGGUUUGGUUCUACUACAUAUUUGGAAAGUUCACCCCUACUAGUAGGAUGUGUCAUAACAACGGACUUAAAGGAACCAUCCUCCAGUUGUUUCAUUUGGUAAUGAUGAGUUGCCUUCUUGAGCUGGCUUCCCAAUUAGUUUUCCUAACGAGUCCAUUCAGAUUUCAAAUUGUGUUCAUAAUUCUCCCAGUCGAAAAACAGUGCUACCUGAAGAUGGCUUUGUCGCACUGUGACUCAGUGAGGAUUCGGCAGAGGGGAUUGUGGACAGGUGUACUACUCAAGUGUGUGAAGGAAGAGAGACUCACUCCCUCAAAAGCAGCAAAAGAGAAACCUUGAGCCUGGCUGGCAGGCGAGGUGGCUCCUGGGCAGCAGAGGCCAGUUCUCACAUGGGGAACUAUUUCAUUCCUUGCUAAACCCAAGCAUCUCCAGCAGGAAUAAGGAUGUACAAGGCUGGUCUUGUGACAACGCAGGGGCUGAUGCCAGGCUGAAGCAGGGUUUUGGAAAUGGGAGCGUGACGCUGAUGUCGGUGCCCCUUGUGAUGGCAGAUGGGAGUCCCUGUGAUCUGGGCGCCAUCCUUCUGGAAAGUGUUGGUUUCUGGUACCCAGACAGCUUACGAGAUAGAUGGCUGGAGUCUGUAUUGAGAGCUAUCUGCCGGAAGCUCUGAGAGGUGUGUGUUCUACUGUGCCAGAGAGGCAUUGAAUGUGUAAUGUCUGCUGUUAGUGACUGGCCAGUGUGAAAAUAGGAGGUGUGUUGACAGUAAGGAACGUUGGAUCCAUUUGUAGUGAUAUCGGCAUCCUCCUUCCUUGCUGUGGACACACCAUUGCUGCAAGUGCUUCACUGAAAGUACAGAACCCAGGAAAAAUAGAAUUUCUGUCUAAAGUUAGGAAAUAAAAUGUUAUAAAUCGGAAGAAAAAGAACAGCUGCAUGAUUUUUUAAGUCCUAUGCUUUGCUCAUUUUGGGGGGUCUUUUAUUAUUUUUACAUCUUACCUCUAAAUAUUUAUGUUUUAUUGUUCGUCAGGUUUUUUUCAUUUAACUAAAAGAUAUUUGGCUGGGCAGUGGUGACACAAGCCUUUAAUCCCAGGACUUGGGAGGCAGAGGCAGGCGGAUUUCUGAGUUCGAGGCCAGCCUGGUCUACAGAGUGAGUUCGAGGACAGCUAUACAGAGAAACCCUGUCUCAAAAAAAAAAAAAACAAAAAAACAAACAAACAAACAAAAAAACCUAAAAGAUAUUUGUUCAGAUUUUUACUCUCAGAUGACAUUGGAAGCGUAAUUUUGCUAUACUAAAGAUCAUUCCGUUUAGUAUUCAUUUAUCCCAAUACAGGCUUCCCCUUUGGAUUGGCACUAAUAUUCUGUAGGACUGGUUUGGUUUGGUUUAAGAUCUAGGAACUAGGCCUGGCAGCCCGUGCCUGUUAUCCUAUAAUGAGGAAGAGUGGGAAAGAAGGAAGGUCUUGCAUUCCAGGCCAACCUGGGCUACAAGGCCAGACCCUAUUCUAAACAAAAUGUCCUGGUUAUCUCAAAUCACCUUAUAUGUGUUAUAAAGGUUGGUGCCUGUCCCUCCUCAGACUUCUACAUUGUUAAACUGACACAGGAAAAUGCCACCAUGUUGUCCACCUGUUCAAUAAUGCUGUUGUAUUUACAUGCCUUGUGAUUUGUGGGGGAGUUUGACAUACAGCCAGAUGAAUACACCGUUACAAGUAGAGGUUGUAAUUCUCAUUCCUACAAGUUCCCUCAUAAGGAUGGUUGGCUGUAACAUGUCUCUUAGGUUUCCAGCCAGAUUGAAGGUGGUACUCUUAUUCAAGUAGGGUACAAAGUAAUUCAAGACCUAAAGUCGUUACUAAUUAUCUCUGUCUGAUCAUCUAGUUCAUGAAAGAGUAAAGAGGUUUUUUGUUCAAUGUGAAAAUGCUUAAGCCUGGGCUUUAUAUGUUCAAAAAUAUUCACACUCGCCUCAGAAUCCUAUGGUCCUUCCCGGACUCUGAUGCCCUUAAAGGGGCAGAAGGACUAGGGUGUGAAGUCAGUGUUUCCUUCCCCCGACUUUGCCUGCUCCUGCACAGAUGGCCUACUGUCCCUUCAUCCAUUUGCCAUGGACCUCAUCCCCAUCCAUGAGCAUCUACACAACUAUCACCUCUGUGCCAUAUCUACAGAAUGUCCAGAUUCUGUUCCACUACUGAUCACCAGCCCAGGUGGAACCACGACGGACUGCGAGUCUGACGUGGCCACCUCCCAUUCCCUGAAUCUCAGGCUCCAAGAGAUGAUGGUUCUGUAACCUGCAAGCCGCUGUUGGUGACUUUGACCAUUCCUAACACACGAGUUUUCCAUGUACACCUAAUCAGUGAACCUGACACGAAGUUCCCCUUUUACUCUGUAAUGUGUGACUGGUGCUCUUGCGAUCCCUCUCUCUCUCUCCCUCCCCCUCUCUCUCUCUGAAGUUGAUUCCUCCAAUGUUACUUCACAGAGACCUGCCAACUACCCAGGAAUGUGAAAGCAUUCACAGUAUUCGUCUAGUAGAGAUGCUGUAUGAGAAAUGCCCAAACCAAAAAGAGAAAGAAGGAAAGAAAGAUAGAUGGUGGGCGGAUAGAUGGAUAGAUGCCUCGAGAGUUGAGUCUGGAACUCCAAUCAUUCUGUGUAUUUUUAGUACUUUUUUUUUUUUUUUAAGUAGCAAAUACACAAUUGACUCUGAAAGAGGAAAAGAAGCAGAAUUUGAGCUAAGUGUUUUAGUAGCUCCUGACUCUGUCCCUCCUUCCCACCUGCCACUUAAGGUCGUGGUUCUCAACCCUCCCAAUGCUCUGACCUUUAGUGCAGUUGCGGUGACCCCAACCGUUAAAUGUUUCGUUGCUACUUCACGCCUGUAAUUCUGCUACUGUUAUGAAUCCUAAUGUAAAUGUCUGAUGAGGAACCCCACAGGGGUCUCAACCCACAGGUUGGUCUUAAUUGUAAACAGUAAAUGUAUAAAGGAGGACUAUUAACUCAAAGGUUAAACUUUGUAUUUAGAUAUUUUCUUUGUAACUCAAGAGUAAGCCAAGUUUGUGGGAAAUUUAGUGUGGUCAUUAAAGCUGUAAAGCCAGAAGAAGCAGCCUUCCCAGGAUAUUUUUUCUAAAGACUUUAAACUGUUUCUGCUUGGAAGAUCAACUCCUGGAAUAAAAGAACAGAACUCCCAUAGCCUUUCCAGCAGAGCACAGAUCUGUCUGCCACUGUCCCAGAGUGUCUGUACUUGCCUAUGGUGUGUUAAUAAUUUGCACUGGUGAAGGGGAAAAAAAAAAGCACAUUUUAAAUUUUCUUGGAAAAGUGAAUUAAUGUGCUAAAUUAAAUCAUCCAGUUUUGUCUAAAGAAAUGAUUUGUUUGGAGACAAGAGCACAGGGCUUUGGUCCCUGUUCCACCAUCGAGUUUACUGUGUGACCUCAAGCAAAUGAUUGAACUUCUCUGUGCCUCAGUUUCUCCAUAUUACAAGAUGGGGAUAAUGAUUACCAACCAUUGCCUACCUCAUAGGGAUGUUUUGGGAACAAGUCAGAUAAUAUAAGACAAAGGCUUUGAUCUCCUUAAAAAGGUGCUAUACAAAUUGCGGUUGCAUUGUUAAAGAUCCAGAGCAUUGUGUUUAGGAUUAGAUGAUAGCAAUACUUUUUUGUCACAUUUCAGUCGAGGCAUUAUUUCUACUCUUCUGUGGCCAGAUCACAAACUUUCAUUCAGUAACGGUACCUAAGGAACUGACACGGGUGUUUGUUUUCUGUCUCUGAUGCUACUAUGUCAAUUCUGAAUAGUCAUAAAAGGGUGGAGUUUAACGUGUGAUGGCGUCUAGUUCACAUGGAACAUUCAAGCUGUAUAUUAAAAGUGUAAUUACUUGUAAAUAGCAGGUACAUUGUAAUUAAAGACACUUAUUAACUUGUCUUUGUUCUUUUUAAAUUGUAAUAAAGGUCAGUUUUGUAUAAGA